UUCUACUGUAUAUAUAUUGUAUAAUUCAUUAUAUAUAUAUAUAUCAAUUUUAUAUUAAUUAAAGUGAAUACAAGAACAGCAAGAAUUGAACUGAUCUCUGAUGACGUUAGCUGCACGUGCAUGUCAUAGAGCAUGGAUCGUCCGAUACCUAACUAAAUUCUCAUUGGAAAAAAGAAUAUGAAGCCACAUCAUGUCUUAUAGUGUGAAGGAAUUCCACCAAUGAAGAUUCCAAAAUAUAUGUACAGCCAAUUCCCCAGCUUUAAUAUGAUUUUAUGUUUCUAUGUUCUUCUAUAAAUACGUAACUCUCACAAACUUUGCUUAAUACAAAAAAAAAAAAAAGAAUAAAAUUCAGACUUAAUAGUAAAACACAUCUUAUAGAACACAUUGGUAUCUUCUUCUCCUAGUUUCUUUCAUGGCUUCCUUAGCAUAUUCCGCUGCAGGACGCUGCAUUUCGUCGUUGAAUAUGGUGGUUUCUGAUAAGGGUGAAUUUAAAAGAGAAGGGUUUUCUUUAAGCAGUGUCAUUUUUGCAGGAAAACGUGAGAAUAGGGACUCCAUUAUUACAAACGUUGCUACACAAAUGCCAGCAAUUAUUCCUUCACCAGAGAAAGAUUUUGCGCCUGGCCAGAAUCACGUUGCGUGGACAAGUGUCCGGCAAGAGAGAUGGGAAGGAGAGCUUGCUGUACAAGGAGAAAUUCCAUUAUGGCUGAAAGGGACGUACCUUAGAAAUGGACCUGGCCUAUGGCACAUAGAGAACUACAACUUCCGGCACCUCUUUGAUGGCUAUGCCACAUUAGUCAAACUCCACUUCGAAAACGGCAGAUUAAUUGCGGGCCACCGGCAAAUCCAAUCGGAAGCUUAUAAAGCAGCCAAAAGAAACAAGAAACUAUGUUACCGUGAAUUUUCAGAAGUGCCAAAGCCAGACAACUUCUUAUCCUACAUCGGCGACCUUGCUAAUCUCUUCUCUGGUGCAUCCUUGACCGAUAACGCCAACACCGGAGUAAUCAAGCUCGGCGAUGGCCGUGUUGUAUGCUUAACAGAAACCCAAAAAGGGUCUAUUAUAGUUGAUCCAGAAACACUGGAUACAAUAGGGAAAUUUGAGUAUAGUGAUUCACUAGGUGGUUUAAUACACUCGGCUCAUCCAAUAGUGACAGACAGCGAGUUCUUAACUUUGUUGCCGGAUUUAUUGAAGCCAGGGUACUUGGUAGUGAGGAUGGAGCCUGGUAGCAAUGAAAGAAAGGUGAUCGGACGGGUGGAUUGCCGCAGCGGUCCAGCACCAGGGUGGGUGCACUCGUUUCCGGUGACUGAACACUAUAUUAUAGUGCCUGAAAUGCCAUUGAGAUAUUGUGCUCAGAAUCUGUUAAGAGCUGAGCCCACACCACUUUAUAAGUUUGAGUGGCAUCCUGAAUCUAAAGGGUUUGUGCAUGUUAUGUGUAAAGCUAGUGGCAAGACUGUGGCAAGCGUAGAGGUACCUCUAUUUGUGACAUUCCAUUUCAUAAAUGCAUAUGAAGAGAGAGAUGAAGAUGGGAGGGUGACUGCAGUUAUAGCUGAUUGUUGUGAACAUAACGCAGACACAAGUAUAUUAGAGAAGCUUAGACUACAAAAUCUUCGCUCUUUCAUGGGUGCAGAUGUGCUACCAGAUGCUAGGGUUGGGAGGUUCAUAAUUCCAUUGGAUGGGAGUCCAUACGGGAAGUUGGAGGCAGCAUUGGACCCAGAUGAACAUGGGAGAGGCAUGGACAUGUGCAGUAUCAAUCCUGCAUUUUUAGGCAUAGAAUAUAGAUAUGCUUAUGCUUGUGGAGCCCAACGCCCGUGCAAUUUCCCUAACACCCUUACUAAGAUUGAUUUAUUCAAGAAAAAGGCAAAAAAUUGGCAUGAAGAAGGUGCCGUGCCAUCUGAACCUUUCUUUGUGGCUCGGCCGGGUGCUACAGAAGAAGAUGAUGGUGUGGUAAUUUCCGUGAUUAGCGAGAAAAAUGGAGAAGGGUAUGCACUAUUAUUAGAUGGGUCGACAUUCGAAGAGAUCGCAAGAGCAAAGUUUCCUUAUGGUCUACCAUAUGGGCUUCAUGGAUGCUGGGUUCCAAAGAAAUGAAACCAGUCGGUAAUGGCUAUGAUAAAUAAAUACAUAUAUAUAUGUAGUUUCUUGGAGCUAGUACAGUACCAUAAUCUUACGUACAUGGUGUUCGUUAGGCGUGAUGUGUUCAUUAUGCAAUAUCCAAUGACAUUGUUGGUGUUGAGGUGCAAAAUAUAAAUAUAUACAUUGCCCCUACAGUGAAAUGUUAUUGGUGUUUAGGGUUUUCUUUAUUACUAUCAUCUUCAUCAUUUGUCUGCCUGUACAGUAUAAAUUAAACCCAUUUUGGUGUAGAUUAUAUUUGUUACUGUGUUUUUCCAGUUUA